GCUGUGUGUUUCCUCGUGUGCCUCUCUGUAACUUGUAGUUCAUAUUUUUCCCAGUGUAGCUUAGUUUUGAAUGACUUUACCCUGCCAGCAAAUAAAGCUGAGUUCUUUGUGUUUAAACCUCGUGCCUGAGUAACUGCCACACAGCGCUUCCUGACAUUUGCAGUAAGCUGCGCAGCAAAACGGGGUUCCUGCUGCGAUGAGGCAUUGCUUUCCAUGCUUUCAGGUGAAAGCCUGGGUGGUAAACACAGUGGGUUGUGGGGAUUAAUCCAGCUCCAACAAGUCUCAGGCGGAUCUUACCGCUAGCAGCCCAGGAGUAAAGCCCCCGAAGAUCUGCCUCUUUCCGAAGAUGACGGAGCAGGACAAGAAAGCCGGCUCUCUUCCCCUGCUUCCUCCGACGAGGCCUCUGAAGCAAAAAUGAGCUGACCGGCAAGAGUGGAGUGGCUGCUGUUGUCUCUGCAGACCCCUGCAGGCGUGCAGAGGAGUGCGCCUUCAUCCAGGAACCAGUGGUGCCUCAGCAGGUGGAUGUGGACCUGGUCAUGGUGCUGGACAGUUUCGGGGAGAUCCAGGCCGAUGAAUACACCGGUGCUCAGCAGCUGCUGAGCUCUGUGGUGGAGCAGCUGGCCGUGAGUCCACAGCCCCGCCGCCAGGCCCGAGUAGCUCUGGUCCAACAGAGCACCAAGGUGGAGUUCGGCCUGCAGACCUACCAGAACUGUGAAGACGUACAUGAUGCAGAACAUGCAGCAGCAGGGCGGCUCUUUGGCGCUGGGACAGAUGCUGGACUACACCCUGAGGGAGGUGCUGCUGAAGGCCGGCCAGCCGCGCAGCAAGAGGGCCGUCCUGACUGUGGUGGGCACCAAGACGGCCUACAGGGACCAGGCCAAGCUGCGCUACAUCUCCCAGAAGGCCAAGUGUGAGGGGGUGGCGCUGUUUGUGGUGGCGGUGGGUGAUCGUUAUAAACGCAGGGAGGUGGAGGAGCUGGCCAGCGUGCCGACACAGCAGCACCUGAUCAGAUUCAACAGGCUGAAGGCCGACGAGCAGGGCUACGCCCAACGCUUCAUCCGAGUCUUCCUCUCCGCCCUCAACAAGGGACUCAACGCUUAUCCUCCACCCCCAUUUAAACUGACCUGCAGCCAGCUGUCAGAGCCAGACGACACUCUGGACACAAACAGUCAAAGUGAGGCAGAGCUGGAGUUUCAGGAGCAAACGACGAGCAUCAACAGCACUGUGAACACAGGAGACGACUCACAGUCAGACGCGUGUCUCCUGAGCGAGGACGUCGGCCACUGUCAGGAUUACACCGUGUGGUGGUUCUUUGACCACAAACAGGGCGCCUGCUCUCGUUUCUGGUACGGUGGCUGCGGCGGCAACAAAAACCGCUUUGAGACGCAGGAUGAGUGCGAGAGCGUUUGCCUGACACCGCAGUGAUGAGGAGGUGGAGCUAGGCCGGCGUCCUCCAUCAAACACGAGCAACGUGAAGAGCCGGCGACCUGGGAGCAGAAACACACCCAGGAUCGUUUAAACUGUUCGAGGACUGAAAACCAUCACG